AUGCUCUCGUUUACUUUCAACACUGAUCAUUUCAACACUGAUCAUUUCAACACUGAUCAUUUCAACACUGAUCAUUUCAACACUGAUCAUUUCAACACUGAUCAUUUCAACACUGAUCAUUUCAACACUGAUCAUUUCAACACUGAUCAUUUCAACACUGAUCAUUUCAACACUGAUCAUUUCAACACUGAUCAUUUCAACACUGGACAUUACGUAGUAAAGAAAAUUUUGAAAUAG